GAUUUAUUCAUUAAAAUAAGUGCAAAUUACAGACAAUUAUACAGACAAUAUAUAGAUAAGUUAUACAAAUAAAAUAAUCUUUCCAUUUUAAGUUAACGAGGAAUUAAAUAAAUAUAUAUUUUGAUAAAAACAAAGUAUAAUUAAUGACAUUUAUUAAGUUCCAUUAAUUACUCGCUAUCGCUGCACAUUUUGUGCAACUUCUGAACAAUUAACAGGCAGAAACUGUACAGUUUUGAAAGGGGGAGAAAAAAGGUUUCAGGUUUUAAUAUUUAAUUAAUUUAUUAUGAAAGAAAUACGAUCUGGUGAAGUACACGUUUGAAAUUGAAGUUUAAGUAGGGGACGAUUUUACCAAAUUAUAACCCUGUGUAAAACAGGCGCGAUUUAUUGAAAAUAAACGGUGUGACAUACAUUAAGCGACGUGUAGACUGUACUUACGAACGCUCAUGCGAGCGAAAAUUUUAUUCUGCGUCACGUUCGUUACGUGCAUACGAGGCUUCAAGAUAACACUGAAAUUGUACAGUAAAAAAUAAAUAAGCAUCUGUCUACCACGCAUUUUACAACGAAUGAAAAUGGCCAUUAUGAUAUGAUAAAUAAAAAAAGUAAACAUUUAUCGUGUAUUAUUACUUCGUAACGAUGCAUGGGGUGUAACAAUGUAUCUUAACCUCGUCAAGCGCGGUUUAAACGCAUGUAAAACGAUCAAAGCGAAUCAGUUGCGCUGGCAGUGCCGAAUAUAUAAGUUGAAAUCAUUGUAUUGCAUAAUUCUUCGUUAUAUACAUACAUACGUACAUACAUACACACAUCAUACAUAUAUACGUUACACAUGACUCUACAUUUCUAGAUACGCGUAUAGAACGACCGUGGACGAGUAGCCUGUAAGUGUGGGAGUGGAGAGCGGAUCCACCGACGCGCACGUGACUGAAUCUCAAGUGUACAUUUGUGUGUCCGUAUAGUAUAGUCAAUGUACAACUAGUGGUACCGGCCGGUCGUCUAGUAAGCUAGUUGGCUGUCCAAUUAUUCGAACGUCAUGCGCGUGGCCGACCAAGUCGCUCCUAAUGCUUAGCGAUCGGUUGUCCGCUACCGGCAUUCGGCGUGCAAAGAUUGUCAACGAUCUCGGUCGAAGCAUUUGGUUUCGGUGACCGUCAAUCUAUUGCACGUACCACGAAAAAACAGUGCAACAAUGUUGAAUCUAUUCGAACCACUUUUUGACAUACCGACGGCUUACUACGGGGCGCUGCUGGGCGUUGGAUUCUGCGUCUACUACUUAUUCGAAGUUGUUAAAAGAGAUUCUGACUUUGUCCGAUGGGGGUGAAGUGGCUCUGGAUUGGGCGGAAAAGGGAUGUUCCACUACUUCGCCCAUCGUAAUUAUUUUGCCAGGACUUACCGGCGCAAGUCAAGCGGAAUACAUCAAGUGCCUUGUCUCAUCCGCGAAAAAAGUCGGAAUACGAUGUGUAAUAUUCAACAAUAGAGGGCUAGGCGGCGUAGAAUUGAAGACUCCACGAAUGUAUUGCGCUGCAAAUAGUGACGAUUUAUCAGAGGUUAUCGAAUACGUAAAAAAAAUUCAUCCUCAUGUGCCUCUUGCAGCAACAGGAAUUUCGAUGGGAGGAUUAAUUUUAGGUAAUUAUUUAGCACAACAAGGAGUAAUGGCGAGAGGGAAAUUGAAAGGAGGAUUCUUAAUAUCCGUGCCGUGGAACGUAUUUGCUGCGACAAAAAACACGGAAGAGAAUUAUUUCAAUUUAAUGUUAAAUAAAUAUUUAGCCAGUACGCUUCGCAAAAAUUUACAACGUUUACACUAUUCCUCGGAAACUGGAAUGUUCGACGUUGAUAUUGACACUAUUCUUAAAAGUCAAACAUUGAGAGAGUUUGAUUCACAUUUUACGGUGAAACAAUUCGGUUACAAAGACGUGGAGGAAUAUUAUUCCAAUGCAACUAUACAUGACAAAUUACAUUUGAUUGACGUGCCAUUAUUGUGUCUCAGUGCUGCAGACGAUCCGUUUCAACCGUUUCAAGCUAUACCAGUAAAAGAAAUAUCAGAAACCAAAAAAGUAGCUGUUGUUGUAACAUCCCGUGGUGGACACAUUGGUUUCAUGGAAGGUAUGUGGCCAGUGAAAGAAGAACAAUAUAUGGGUAAACUGUUUUCACAAUUUUUCACGGCUCUGUUCACUACUGGUUUCGAUUGUCAAAUAUGACGAACUUGUAAAUUAAAUAUCAGAUACAUUCAUAAAUACUAAUAUUAAAUACUUUUUCUAUGUUCAGGCAUUGCGUAAAAACUAUCACGUGCCAUAAUCAAUCAUAUUCAGGGUAUUGCACAUGUGAUGUAAAUAAUAUUAAUAAUUAUUGAAUUUCCAUUGCUUUUAUAUUGAAAAGAUUUUCAUCAACGAUUUACAAAAUAUUAGUUAAUAAUGUAGAUAUAAUUUUUUUACGGGCACAUGGCAUAUAAUGUGAACAUAUGAAAUGCACAUGUUCGUUUUUAUUGAUAAUGUUGUAUUUAUUUUUAAUACGUUAAGUAUUUAGUAUGAAAUUUUGUUACCCGUAUCUAUAUUCAAAAUAAAUAAGGUUUUAGUUUUAUAUAUUUCCUUCGUAUUUGUGCGAAUUUACUUCAAAUCAAAUAAUACAAGCAUGAAUCAUACGCAGUAUAGUUUUGUAAUGCGUAAAUCAAUAAUUUAUUAUUACUAAUUACAACUUGCAUAAAACUAUAAUGAAAAAAUGUUCCUGAAAGAUUGAUGGUAUUUGAAGAGUACAAACGUGUGUACUCAGUCAUUGUACUAAUGCUAUUUUUAGGAAUCAAUGCAAAUGUUAAUAAAUUCAGUGAUUUAAAAGAAAAAUAUAAUUAAGAACGACAUAUUAUGAAUUGUGAUACUAGAAGCAAAAUUAUAUAUAUAUAUAUAUAUAUUGUUAAAUUUUAUAUAUAGUUUUCUUUAUAGACUUUAUAAACAAAUGUUGUAAAGAAAAAUAUACUGAAAUAUUCUAUAAUAUUAUCUUUCUUAAUUUUUAAUGCUAAAUAUAUGUAAAAUACAAAAGUCCAAUGAUAUAUUUUAUCAAUAAAAUUCUUGUUAUUUAGUAUUUAA